AUGGAUCUUCAAGAUGAUACGGGGCUAAUAAAUACUUGUGUGGAUCUAGCUGUUGAUAGGUCCUCCUGAACUUGGGUAUUCUCUGUGAUAGCUCCCAUCAGAAAUUUUAGUGAAAAGGUUUCUUUUCUUUGAAUAAUGAAGAAAAGCUUUCUCUUGCUUUCUUUUCACUGGGAUAUUAUACUAGUGGUUUGGAUUAGGAAGGAUCAUAUCUUCAGUAUAAGUUGGAUGUCUUUAACUGUGUCAGAAUUCCUGAUAGCUCUUCUAGGUUUAUCUGAGACAUAAUGAUCUUUUCUGUGGUCAUCUUGGUAAAAACAGUCAUGUAUUCAUACCCUACAUUACAACAAUGAGGAGACUUCGAAUAUGCAGAGUAAAAUGUGAGGCAUUGAGACCUGGAUCUAAGCCUGCUUUGUCUGCAGCAGAGCUCCAUUCUUGAUCAAAGUCAUACUUAUCCUCUUCAAGUAUGUUCUUAUAGUAAUGAUGAGUGGCUCUAGUGUCAGUGGAUUCUUCAUGUUCGUAUCCAAUUUUCCUUCCCUUCCUUUUGUGCAUACGUUCAAGGGCAACUUUAGGGUAUCCUGCUUGGUUAUUUGUGUACACUUGCUCUCUGUGCAAAGUCUCUAGCAUUUGACUGUGACUAUGCACUCCUUCUGUUUUAGACUGAUAGAUUUGUGUGAGGUUGCUCCUAUUAGGUUAUUUUUAGUAGAGAAAACUAUCUUUUAGCCUGUGAAAUUCCUCAUCUUUUUACUUGAAUCAGACGUUUCAAUGAGUCUUCUAAAGAAGUGCUAAUUCAGGGUUUCCUUUUCACUAGAUUUUGCUCAGAUUCCAUUUCCAUUGAUUUUGAAAGAUAUGGUUUGAAGGUGUAGUUCAAAGAUUAGUUAAGAAAGCUCAGUUGGAUCUU